ACUGCCUACAAAAAGCACCCGCUCGCCCCUCUGCGUUUUGAUCUUCUCCCUCCCCGGCCCAUCCGCUCCCCGCCCAUCAGUCCCUCUCCUCCUCCCGGCACAUCAUGACCCAGUACUCCACCCGCGUCGUUGGCGCUCCCAACACCAUCGACUACCGCGUCUUCAUUGAGAAGGAUGGCAAGGUCGUCUCGCCCUUCCACGACAUUCCUCUCUAUGCCAACGAGGAGAAGACCAUCCUCAACAUGGUUGUUGAGAUUCCUCGAUGGACCAACGCCAAGCUCGAGAUCUCCAAGGAGGAGUCCUUCAACCCCAUCAAGCAGGACACCAAGAAGGGCAAGCUCCGCUACGUCCGCAACUGCUUCCCUCACCAUGGCUACAUCUGGAACUACGGUGCCCUUCCCCAGACCUGGGAGGACCCCAACCACACCCACCCCGAUACCAAGGCUAAGGGCGACAACGAUCCGGUUGAUGUCUGCGAAAUUGGCGAGCUCGUCGGCACCGUCGGCCAGGUCAAGCAGGUCAAGGUUCUGGGCACCAUGGCUCUCCUCGAUGAGGGCGAGACCGACUGGAAGCUCAUCGUCAUUGAUAUCAAGGACCCUCUUGCCGCCAAGCUGAACGACAUCGAGGACGUCGAGAAGCAUCUCCCUGGUCUUCUCCGUGCCACCAACGAGUGGUUCCGCAUCUACAAGAUCCCUGACGGCAAGCCCGAGAACAACUUUGCCUUCUCUGGCGAGGCCAAGAACCGAAAAUAUGCCACCGAGAUCGUCCACGAGACCCACGAGGCCUGGAGACGCUUGAUCACCAACCCCGUUCCUGCCAGCGACCGCUUCGAUAUCUCUGUCUCCAACAUCCAUGUCGCCGACAGCCCCUACCGCCUCGAGGAGUCCAACGCUCUCUACACUUCCAUUCCCGCUGAAUCGCGAAAGCCCGCUGCUCCCAUCGACCCGUCAGUCGACAAGUGGUUCUUCAUCUCUGGCCAGCCCAGCCUGUAAAUCCCAUCGUUCUUUGUCUUUGGCGUGUGUUCGGCCCGGGCGAAUCGACCACGGCGCCCUUAAGAGGGGUCACCCAGAUCGCUUCUCCUGGAUCCUGAAUACACAUGUUCGGUCAUCGCAUUCACCCAU